GGAGAAAGGUGGUCCUGGUUGGCCUAGUACCACACAGAAAGCUCAACUUAUUGCAUUACUUUCCCUUUGGUGUUCUGCUGCGCGGAGAAGGAACCAGGACAAUGAGAAUUUUCCCUGGCUGGGGCUGGAUUGUUUUCCCAGGAUGUUGGGCUUUGAUUGGCCCCCAGGAGGCAAGAGGUCCCCUGGACGGAGAGCUCACUGUACAGUGUUGGUACGGCAGAGGUUAUGAGAAUUAUAUUAAAUACUGGUGCAGAGGAACAACUUGGACAUCCUGCCUCAUAGUUGUUACGACAGGGUCAGAGGCAAAGGUGGAGAGCAACAGAGUCUCCAUCAAAGACAUUCACACUUUCUGCACGUUCAUAGUGACCAUGAAAAACCUCACAGAGGGAGACUCUGGGACUUACUGGUGUGGGAUAGACAGACUGGGAGUGGAUCUCAUGUUCUCUGUGAAAGUGAAUGUUCUUCCAGCUGUUCCUGCCUCACCACCACCAGCACCAACGAGAGACACAACAGUUCACGCGGCCUCCACUGAGUCUCCUUUCAGAGGGACUGCCCCUGAAGUGGCUGAAUCAAGCUCCACCGUUCACAGCAGCAACCCUCCUGCAGGUACAACAGACCCAGUCCUCCAUAUCCUGACACCAUGCAUCCUGCUGGUUCUACUUCUGAUUUUGCUCACUGCUGUACUGUUUAGAAGGAUGUCGCAGAGGAGACACAAAGCCCUUGAGGGAGCACCUGGAGAAAGGGACAAGAACUUACAUCCCUAUCGGCUGGUACCUGGAAACACCCCGUCGUCCUUCGUUACCAGUGAACCUGCAGCCUCUUGUAAGGCAGCCAUCUGCAUGACCAUGGAGGAGACACCCGACUCAGCAGAUGAUGAGGCUGUCUAUGAAAAUGCCAUACAUGAGACCCAGGCUUCAAGAUCGACAGCAGAGGUUGUUCCUGGCACAGUGAAAUUUCCAACCUCACUUCAGCAGACCACCUAUCCCAAAAUGAAUCCAAACACACGCAGUAGGACAUCCCCCUCUCGUCCUCAAGGAAAGCGUGGGAAAAAAGAUACUGGAUGAAGCUCAAUGCUCUUGGAACAUUCCCCCUCCUACUGUUGGAAUUUUUAGCAGCUUGUUCUCAUUUCCCUAUAGUUACAUAGACGCUUUCAGAUUCAUGUUCCUCCAUUAUUCUUCUAAUGCCAGGUCCCCCCUGUACUGAGAUGCUAGUGUUGCUGCUGAUUGUGUCCCAUUCCCUGCAAGACUGGUUUCACAGAUUUACUUACCGCUCGGUGCUUCUCGUUCUUCACCUCAACUUGAAACAGAACAUAUUCCUGGUGGCUUCACCUUCUGGAUGACUGGGAGCAUUUCUAGAAGGACUUUGUAUGGUUCUGCAGGUUUAGCACACUCCCCCUGUGUCCACCAGAAUUUUUGUGCUUUAAAGUUAGACAAUUGUUAAUAAAAAGCUCUUUUCUCUCUUC